CACAUGAUGUGCACUUCAUUUUAUAAAAUUCCAUAGAACAGUUGUAGAUGAAUCAAGCAUUCAGUACUCGUAAUUUGAUCAAGUGUCAAGAUAAGUAUGACAUUGUCAAAACAUACAAACUUAAUUAUCUUCACAUUUCAAGAUCAGAUCGCAUAGAAGUAAUCUCCAAGAUCACAAGAUGACAUCUCGUGCAAUAUAUUUACGGUUUGUCUUCGUCAUCUUUAGCUUGAAAUUAGCAAAAGCCCAAUUAGUACCAGCUUUGUUUGUGUUUGGCGAUUCAUUAGUAGAUGUGGGCAACAAUAAUUACCUCACUUUCACCAUUGCCAAAAGUAAUCUCCCAUAUCAUGGCGUUGACUUUCCUACCCACAAGCCCACCGGAAGAUUCAGUAACGGCAAGAAUGGAGCUGAUUUUCUAGCCGAGAAACUUGGGUUGCCCUCCCCACCACCUUACCUUUCACUAGUGCACAACAACGUCGACGACUUUACCAAGGGUGUUAGCUUUGCGUCAGCAGCUGCUGGAAUUUUAAAUACAACUUCUCGAUACAUAUAUCUUCCUCAGUUUGGCGGAACCGAUCACAAUGAACUAUCUCGUUUCACAAUUUCCAUGGAUGAACAAGUAGAGUAUUGUGUAAAAGUACGGGAAGUCUUGGUUAAGAAAUUAGGGCAACGGGAUGCAGCCAAACACAUAGCAGAAUCUGUAUUCGCGAUUGUGAUUGGAAGCGUCGACAUAGGAGAAUACUACAAUGCACGGGAUGCAAGUUUCAAAAAGCAAGGGAGCCCUCAACAAUUAGUUGAUUUAUUGAUACUUACUAUUACAUCACAACUGAAGGAAAUAUACAAUAUUGGGGGCCGUAAGUUUGUUAUGAUCGGGAUAGGUACAAUUGGCUGCAUACCAUCAGAAAGAGUGAAGAUAAAAGAUGAGGCAUGCAAUGAAGUCUUUAAUUAUUGGGCUACCAAAUACAACCAAGGACUCCAAGUAGUCCUACAAAAACUCGAGUCAGAGCUUGAAAAUUUCCAGUAUUCCUACUUCAACGUCUACGAUUUCUUUCUCAAUAUCAUAGAACAACCACAUUCUUGCGGAUUUAAGGAAGUGAAAGCUGCAUGUUGUGGACUUGGGCACCUAAAUGGUGAAGUAGCUUGUUUUCCAUUUUCAAAUCUUUGUAAUUAUAGAACCGACCAUGUUUUCUGGGAUCUUUAUCACCCGACGGAAGCAGCUACUCGCAUAAUCAUAGAUGCUGCUUUUGAUGGUGCGCAACAUUAUUCAUUCCCGAUCAAUAUACGAGGUCUAGUUUCUAAUUAAGUCAAGAGCGACGUUAGAAUUAAUCCGAUCCAACCAUAAUGUUUUACUACCUCCGUUACGAAAUGAUGUUUAUAUUUCCGUUUUACUUCAUUUUAUUUCAUAAUGUUCUUUACCCUUUGCUUUAUUUUAUUUCUGGACAUGAAAAUUUACUAUAUUACCACCUCACCCAACAAUAUUUACA